AUGCCCGAUAGCCGCGGCGUUAUCCCAGGCCACGGGCCCAGCGACGACGUCCUAGAUAUCCUGCUUCCCCACCGAGGCAGACAAACCAAAACAACCCCCGAUGAUGCAAGCAGUGACACGAACACAAACACUAACACUGACAACCUAUAUCCCUCCCCUAUGCCCCAAUCUUUCCUAAAACAACACUUCUGCCUCGCAGUGCCGACCGUCGCGGACGUCGCGGCUUGGGAAGACUGGUUCCGGGAAUCCGGUGUGCGUGUCACGGGCACGGUCGACUGGCCCAAGGGUGGGAGGAGUGUGUAUUUCGCGGAUUUGGAUGGCAAUGUGGGCGAGGUCGGGAGUCGCGGCAUUUGGGAUCAUUAUUGA